AAAUACGAUGCUGCCCCCUGCUUUCACUGUCUUAUCAUCAGCGUUUGUUCAGAUGUAAAAAAUACGUCGUAAAAAAACACAAUAUUAUAUUUAAGCUCGAACACCACCCUUUAAAUACAGUUGGCUAAAUAAUUUUACAAUAAGACAUGAGUAAUGUGACGUUUUGACAGGAGUGUCAAGGGGCGUAGGAAUGUGUUUCGAUCGACUUCGUCCAGCGCAUACCAUUAUUGUAGUUCUCCUCUUUGACCAUAGGGUGUCAGUGGUAUGCGAGAUGUGUUAUAGAGCCGGGCGAAGUGUUACCCGAAGUAGUAAUAACGUAGCAUCAAUUUAGUACAACAAGCUUAUCGACGCAAAAAGGAUUGAUAAUUUGACCAAAAUAUUUUUCUGAGGCAAAAUGCCUCGCUACGCACAGCUUGUGAUGGGACCUGCGGGCAGCGGGAAGAGUACCUACUGUUCGACCAUAGUCCAACACGUGCAGGCUCUCAACCGGACAGUUCGGGUGGUUAACCUGGAUCCAGCAGCUGAGCACUUCAACUACCCUGUCAUGGCAGACAUCCGUGAGCUCAUCCAGGUGGAUGAUGUGAUGGAGGAUGAUUCUCUCAGAUUCGGUCCUAACGGAGGCCUGGUCUUCUGCAUGGAGUACCUUGCCAAUAACUUUGACUGGUUAGAAGAAAACUUAGGUCAUGAAGAGGAUGACUAUAUAUUGUUUGACUGCCCAGGUCAGAUUGAACUUUAUACACACUUACCUGUAAUGAGGCAACUGGUGGAGCAGCUCCAGCAAUGGGAGUUUCGUGUGUGCGGGGUUUUUCUGGUGGAUUCCCAGUUCAUGGUGGAGUCGUUUAAGUUCAUCUCAGGUGUCAUGGCUGCCCUGAGUGCCAUGGUGUCGCUGGAAAUUCCACAAAUAAAUAUAAUGACAAAAAUGGACCUGCUUAGUCCACAAGACAAAAAGGAAAUUGAAAAGUAUCUGGAUCCAGAUAUGUACUGUAUGAUGGAAGAUAGCUCUGACUCUAUCAGAAGCAAGAAAUUCAAGAAGCUGACUCAAGCUAUCUGUGGGCUGAUCGAUGAUUACAGUAUGGUUAGAUUCUUGCCCUUUGACCGCACAGAUGAGGAAGGAAUGAACAUAGUCCUACAGCAUAUUGACUUCUCAAUACAGUAUGGAGAGGAUCUGGAGGUCAAGGAGCCAAAGGAAGUUGAUGAAGAGCCGUCAAACCUGAAUUACGAUCAGAUUUUCCAAGACGGUGUCACCAGUUGAAGAUAUACAAGCAAGAGAAAAGAAUAAGAACAAAAAGGAAAAAAGACUGGACAAAAAAAUGAGGAAAAACAUGGUGAAAAAACAUGAACUGUGUCUUGCUUGAUUGAAAAACAUUUUGUUUUUGUGAACCAUUAUGGUUUUAAAAGUGUGAUAUAGAUUUGUUAUAGUUGUUAAUAAAUAGUUUUAUAUUUCCCAUUGAAGGUGAGCAACAUUUUCUGCCUAAUGUUUACAAAUCUAACCUAUCGUUCUCACAGGUAGGAGGUGCUGUGAUUUUAGCUGUGAUGUGGAUGAGCUGUGUAAUACAGAAUUAUUGUUCAAAUCUGUCUUUAACUACUCAAAACAGUUCACAUACAAACGAUGCAUAUUGAGUUUGAAGUUAGCAGUUUGCUCCUCGAUAAAUAAAUACACAUUGACAAAA